AUGAGGACACCAUCGUGGACCGUUGGUCCGGCUAGCAUAGCCGGACUGCUGAUGAUCCCCUUGCUUCCUGUCCAUGCAUCCGUGGAGGAUCCACGCGUGCUCCCGGCGCCGCCCAUGGGGUUCAACAAUUGGGCACGUUUCGAAUGCGAUCUGAACCAGACGCUGUUCACCGAGACCGCCGAGGCGAUGGCGAAGCGCGGUCUACGGGAUGCAGGCUACGACCGCCUCAAUCUCGACGACUGCUGGCUGCAGCACUCGCGCUCCGCCAACGGUUCGCUGCAAUGGAACACGACCCUGUUCCCGCAGGGCAUCCCCUGGCUAGCCCGCUUUGUUAAGAACCGGGGCUUCCAACUGGGUAUCUAUGAGGACUCGGGCAACCAGACCUGCGGCGGCUACCCGGGCUCCUAUGGUCAUGAGCAGCAGGACGCCGAGACCUUCGCCAGCUGGGGGAUUGACUAUCUCAAGCUCGACGGCUGCAAUGUCUACCCCGAGCAGGGCCGCACCAUCGGCCAGGAGUACUACCGCCGGUACCACCAGUGGCACGAGAUCCUCAGCGCCAUGGCGCAUCCGUUGAUCUUCUCCGAGUCGGCGCCGGCGUACUUCCUCGGCAACGACACAGCCUGGUCGGACGUCAUGGAUUGGAUUCCCUUCAAUGGAGAGCUGGCGCGGCACUCGGACGAUAUCCUCGUGUACAGUGGUGCGGGCAGCCCCUGGGACAGCAUCAUGUCCAACUACCACUACAACACCCUGCUCGUGCGCUACCAGCAGCCGGGCUACUACAAUGACCCAGACUUUUUGAUUCCGGACCAUCCCCGCCUGUCGGCGGUUGAGAAGCGCUCGCAGUUCGCCCUCUGGGCCUCGCAGGGUGCUCCGCUUAUCAUCAGUGCUUACAUUCCGGGUUUGUCGGACGACGAAAUCAAGUUCCUCAGCAACAAGGACCUGAUCGCCGUGGACCAGGACCCGCUGGCCCAGCAGGCUGCCCUGGUCAGCCGUGACGCCGACUUCGACGUGCUCACCCGCACGCUGGCCAACGGGGACCGCCUGGUGACCGUGCUGAACCGCGGCAACAACACUGCGGAAACCACCGUCUCCCUGGAUCGGAUGGGCCUGGUCUCUGGCUGCGGGUUCCGCGCGAAGGAUCUUGUAUCUGGCGAUGUAGCCUUGGUCAACAAGGAGCUCCACGUCCGACUGGCCAGUCACGCUACCAGCGUGCAUCGCUUGACCCCUCCGCGGAACUGUGGCUCCGUCACCCCGACCGGCAUGGUAUUCGGUACCAAUUCGGGCCACUGCCUGACUGCCUCUGGUUCCUCGGUCACGUUCGAGACCUGCAACGCGGCCGAUUCCCAGGUCUGGAGCAUUAAUGACAAGGGCAGCAAGUUGUCCCUGAGCCCCCUGUCGGAUCAGUCGUUGUGUCUCGCUGCCCGCAAUGGAAACACUGUGUCCCUUGCCAAAUGCCGUGGCAGUGAUGAGACGUGGUCACACUUUAUCACCGGCCAUCUCCAGAAUGACCAGGCUGGCGGCUGCUUGACGGAGUCGGCUGCUGGCGCGGCCCGACUUGGUUCGUGCUCGUUGGGACAGGCGGGACAGAUCUUGGGACUGCCGAGUGGUGUCAAGCUGGCAUCCGUGCAGAAAUAA